AUGCCUCGUUCAAUCCCUCCUAAUCUGCAAGGCGCUCUCCCGGAAGCCGAGCUUCCCUCCGGCGGAUCGGACGCCCGCAGGACUGCCUCGCGAACAGCUCCCCCCUCGCCAUCUGCCGUUCGACGAACCCAUAGCCUUCUCUCUGAAGUCCAAACUCCCCAUGAACCUUCAGACCCGAAUAUGGAAGUAGGCGAAACCACAAGUCUUCUACCGAAGGGCAAUGAAGCCCGGCGGGGUAUGCCACGACGUUCAUAUACCAACUUUUCUGGAAAUACGGGGCCCGAUUUCAACUUCAGACACACCCUAAUGACGGGAAGCAUUCGCCGGUCGCGACACCAUAGCCGCGCCAACUCCCAGGCGAUCCGUUUUAGUCGACGCGGCAGUAUCGAUGCGGAGCAGGCGGAAAGCUUGGCUGCUUCUGUCAAAGAUGGCUUAACAGCUUCGUUCAUGGAUGAGCGGAGCUGGUAUGACCAGUUUACCUCCACUGACUGGGUUCAUGACAGUAUCAUAGACGGGGCUCGUCUUCGGCAGCUGCGCAAGCGCAAGGAUAUCCGCGGUCGUCUGCUGGCAUGGCUCGAUGGCUCCCAGGGCUGGGUCCUGGUCGCAUUGAUUGGCUGUAUCACGGCCGCGAUAGCUUAUUCGGUAGACGUGACGGAGGAAUUCAUCUUUGACGUGAAGGAAGGCUUUUGUACUACACACUGGUUCCACAGCCGUCAGAGCUGCUGUACAGGAGGCUCGAAUUGCCCGGCGUGGCGGUCCUGGUCCCAGAUCUACAAUCCCUCAGGACCGGAUAAUUACUGGGUCAACUACAGCAUGUUCAUCUUCUGGGUGGUGCUUCUUUCUGUCAUCUCGUGCCUCUUGACGCUGUUCACAAAGACCGUGGUUCCAUCCUCGGUGUCGCUGACAACUUUGGAUGAAAACCUUGGGGCGGCGUCGUCACGGAGUACAAAAGGAAACAAUGCAAAUAGUAAUUCGCCCGGAUCUGCUUCCAGCCAGCAAGCGCUUAGUUCCGCCAUCCCCACGCGUCCUGCCAUGGUUUACUAUCCUGCGGCAGGUAGUGGAGUGGCUGAGGUCAAGGUCAUUAACAGCGGCUUCGUUCUGCACGGAUACCUUGGCUUCAAGACUCUCUUGAUCAAAACCCUUGCGCUGGUGUUCAGCGUUUCGUCAGGCCUCAGCUUGGGCAAAGAAGGACCGUAUGUGCACAUCGCGACAUGUGUGGGCAAUAUCUGCUGUCGCAUCUUUGCCAAGUAUAAUCACAACGAUGGCAAGAGACGUGAGGUUUUGAGCGCAAGUGCUGCAGGUGGUGUGGCGGUAGCAUUCGGUGCCCCGAUCGGUGGUGUCCUUUUCAGUUUAGAGGAAGUUAGCUACUAUUUCCCUCCGAAGACUCUGUUCAGAACGUUCUUCUGCUGCAUCGCAGCAGCUCUCUCCUUGAAGUUCCUCAAUCCCUACGGCACGGGCAAGAUUGUCUUGUUCCAGGUCCGCUAUCUGGGCGACUGGGAGAUGUUUGAAAUGGCAAUCUUUAUCCUCCUCGGUGUCCUCGGUGGAGCGCUAGGUGCUCUGUUCAUCAAGGCCUCGAACCUCUGGGCGCGGUCUUUCCGGAAGAUUUGGUUUAUCAAACGUUGGCCAAUGAUCGAAGUCGUGCUUGUUGCUGUUUUGACCGGAUUGGUUAGCUUUUGGAAUCGUUACACCAAGCUGCCCGUCUCCGAGCUUAUGUUUGAGUUGGCUAGUCCUUGUGAUCACGAGUCCUCAUCGCCGACUGGUCUGUGCCCGCCGGAGGAGGGAAUCGGAGAAAUUAUCCGUUAUUUGCUUGUUGCGUUUGUCAUCAAGAGUCUUCUAACGGUGGUGACGUUCGGAAUCAAGGUGCCGUGUGGUAUCUACGUCCCUUCCAUGGUUGUUGGUGGUCUGCUGGGCCGCAUCGUUGGACAUGCAGCACAGUACUUGGUACUGAAAUAUCCCACCUCUUUUCUUUUUGGAUCGUCGUGUCCCGCCACCGCCGGCAUGGAAUCCUGCGUGACGCCAGGUGUGUACGCCAUGGUCGCAGCAGGUGCAACCAUGUGUGGAGUAACACGCCUGUCUGUUACACUAGCUGUCAUUCUCUUUGAGCUCACGGGAAGUUUGGACCACGUGCUGCCAUUCUCCGUGGCUGUCUUGUGUGCCAAGUGGACUGCUGACGCUAUCGAACCUCGCAGCAUCUACGAUAUGUUGACCGAUAUGAAUUCUUACCCGUUCCUGGACAGUAAGCAUCAACCGACGUCGGAUGCACAGCUGGGAGAUCUCGUUCGGCCGGUUCGCUCCAGUCGUAUCAUUGACAUUUCGGGCUCGUCCUUUGUGCCGGCACGCGAGCUACGUUCGAAACUUCAGAACCUGUUGAUGGCGGGCGAACUCGACGGCGGUCUUCCGAUCCUGCGCCAUGGGGUUCUCACCGGUUUAAUCCCCGCCCCUGAGCUGGAGUACGCACUGGACAACCUCGCGGACGAGGAGAACACCCUCUGCCUGAUGAGUCUCGACGGCUCUUCGGCUGUUUCUGACAGCGAGGAUGAAGCCGAAACCGGCCGCGUCGACUUUGGACAAUACAUUGAUCCGUCCCCCCUUGCCCUCGACAUCCAUUCGCCUAUCGACCUCGUGUAUCAAUGCUUUGCCAAGCUUGGUCUGCGCUAUCUGUGCGUGUCGCAUGAUGGCCAAUAUGCCGGCUUAGUACAUAAGAAAGCCUUUGUGAAGUAUAUGAAAGAGAAUGAGUGA